CCGGGCUGCUACAUUGUAAAUAGACAGCGGCGAUCCACCGGGGCCAUGCCUUCAUAGUCUCUUUAAAUCUCCUCCAACAGAGCAGAUUUGUCCUCUCGGAGACUACUUAUCUUCCGACACCGGUUCUUUCGAUAUUUCUGGUCAUUUCGGCUUGUUAAAGUGUUUUUAUUAAAGUAUGUACCGGUCUCUGUACGCCUUCCGAUCCGCGGAGCCCAACUCGCUGCACUUCGCGGCCGGAGAAAGCUUCCUAAUCCUGGAGAGGAGCAACAAACACUGGUGGCUGGGGUCCCGCUGCAGCUCGGGGGAAACCGGCUACAUCCCCUCGUCAUACAUUGAAAAAAUACAGGCCCCAGAGCAGGAUGAAGUGUUGCAGUCUAUUGACAGAGCGAUCGAAGGAAUCCACAAUGUGGCCUUAAAGAAUGGAGGCAAAUACAACCUGGAGCAGAGAGAUGUUCUUCAAAAGUUGAUCCAUCACAGAAAGGAGACGCUUGCACGACGGAGUUCUUCGUCCUCCGUUCACAAACAAGGCCUCCCAUCUUCCAGCAGUGAAAUAUCUCUCAGUAAAACUCCUCCUCCCAACGGUCUUAACCGAGACGGACGGCAGAGCAGCAUGCCGAUAUCAGGAAGCGUAGACAAUAUACAGUCAGAACAGGGGUUUUAUCAGGUGCCUCCUCAAGCUCGGCGUGCGGCACCAACCACCCCCCCUCCCCCGGAGAAACAGAGGAACAGCCGGCGUCCAGCAGAUCCAGAGGUCCCCUCCAGAGGGUCGUCUCUCCCUCCGUCCCCUGCUCCCUCCCUCACGAUCAGCACCACCUCUUUAGAGUCAGGCUCCUCCCACUCAAUGGUCUCCUCUGAUGUCAGCUUGCCAAGUGUAUCCAGCACCCCCCCUCCUCCGGUGCCGUCCCGUGUGAAGCCCGUUGCUCCUCCCGCAGACGAGCCUUCCUCCGACUCCCCCCCUCAGCCGGCUCCACAGAAGAAGAGCCCGGCUCCACAGCCUCCCCAGCUCACCCCCACUCCCUCGCAGCCCGCUGUAGAGGAGCAGCGUGAGAACGAAUGGCCUGUGGCCCCCCCGUCCAUCGCUGAGAGCCCUGCCAGCAGUCCCUCUCCCUCUGAGCCGGUUCCCAGGACCAUCGGGGCCGAGCUGAUCGAGCUGGUGCGGAAGAACACGGGCCUGAGUUACGAGCUGUCGCGGGUGGCGGUGGGCGUGGUGGUGGGCCACCUGCAGACCACCUUACCCCAGGCCGCCGCCGACCUGGAGCAGGUUCUGCUCUCGCUGGUGGACAGCAAGGUUUCGAGUACAGCGCUGCCGCAGGGUCAGGUGUGUCACGACGAGCAGAGGCUGGAGGUGAUCUUCAGCGACCUCGCCCGUCACCAGGGCGACUCUCAGCAGCGCAGCUGGGCGCUCCACGAGGACCACGCUCUCAUCGCCUGCUACCUGGAGGAGCUGCUCAAGAUCCUGACUGAUGCAGAUCCAGAGGUGUGUAAGAGGAUGUGCAAGGCCAACCACUACGAGAAUCAGCUGUCCCUGGUUUCUUAUUAUCAGAUGGAGAAUCGAGUGUCUCUGCGGCUGCUGCUGCUCAAAGUGUUCGGGGCGAUGUGCAGCCUCGAUGCUUCGCUCAUCUCCACCCUCCUCAACUCUAUCCUCCCCAUGGAGCUGGCCAGGGACCUACAGACUGACACACAAGAGCACCAGAAGAUCUGUUACACAGCUUUGGUGCUCACUAUGAUCUUCUCAAUGGGCGAACAGGUGCCGUAUCUUCACUACGAACACUUGAAUGCAGACUUUGUUCAGUUUCUGCUGGGUGUGGUGGAGGACGGGCUUCCCUCUGAUCCCACAGAGCAGCUGCCGGACAUCUUCCUGAACCUCGUGCUCUCCUUCAACCUGCACCACACGGAACCCGACAGCAAUGUGAUCAUGCAGGAGCUGAAGAAGAAAAACGUCAAGAUCCUGUCAGAGAAAGUGCUGCUGCUUCUGAACAGAGGCGACGACCCUGUGUGUAUGUUCAAACACACCCCGCCUGCACCGCACUCAGUGCUCAAGUUCCUGCAGGACGCUUUCUCCAACCGAGAGACCGCUGACAUUUUCUACCGCACUGACAUGAUGGUGAUGAUUGAUAUUGCUGUCAGGCAGAUAUCGGACCUUUCGCCUGGAGACAAGCUGAGGAUGGAGUAUCUCUCCCUCAUGCACUCCAUCAUACGCUCGACGGACUACCUGGAGCACCAGCACCGCCUGCCUGACCUGCAGGGGGUGCUGCAGAGGAUUCUCAGGGAGGAGGAAGAUCCAGGAGAGGAUGAAGGGAGCGCUACUGCGAAACAGAUGGAUAAGCUAAUUGUACAGCAGAUCUACAAAGAGUUCCCUCAGAUCAGUGAGAACCAAAACUAACCGUAUCAGUAUCAUGCUCACACACUGUAGUCCGCUCCCGUCUACUGCAGGGAGGAACACAUGGAGGAAGAACACUUGACAUUCAAUGCGACGCCCUGCUUUCUGUGCCAGCCUGUGAUAGGAGAAACCAAUCGGUUUUGCCAAUGUUUUCUUGGACUUGUGGUCCACGGCUGCAGCAUGCAUGUGAUUUUUUUUCACAGCUUCUUCCAUUCUCAGAUGAAUUAUGUUUGUGUGGGAGUGGGAGUGGGAGGUUUCUUUCUCUGGUGUUCUUGAACAAGAAGGGAAAAUAUGACACAAAAACCUGUGAGGUUUAGUCAUACUUGAGGAUUCAUAUCUAAAACGUAAGCCAAACAUUGGAGCUGUUUCUCAGUGAAUUCCUUGCAAUAAUGACCUUUAAAAUCACACAACAAUUCUCUGUAUACUCAGAGUAUGUAUAAUAAAAAUGUGGGGUAUGUAUAAUGAAAAUGUGCUGCAACCACAACUUAACAUUAUAUAACUAAAAUAUAUUUUACCAAAUUAGGCCAAAUUCAAAGAUUUUGACUGAAAAAGGCAGAUUUGAGGUUAUGUUACAGAACAAUGUGCCAUUAUUCAAUCUAUUGUGAAAAUACUUAAUGUGCUUCCGUUGUAGCGGGACCAAACUACUGUGUGUUACAUCAUUGUUUUCUUAAAAGAGUAUUCAACUCUUAAAACUGACUUCCUCUUCACUCAGUAUAAUAAGAAUCAAAUUCAAGUACAACGAGUUGAUCAUGUUUUCUGUUCUAGUGCGGGAGAGCACACUGACUCCUCUGUUAUCAUUAGCUGAGUCACCCGCGGCUACAUAUCAAGUCCCUCCUGUGGCUCCUGCAGAUCUCUCUGUCCGGUACUUUUGUCUCUUUACUGCUUCUCAAACACUUUAAGAUAACCGCUCUGUACUUAUUAUGCAAAGCUCCUCUAGCGUCAGAAGUCUUGGCUGUUUACAGAUUAGUGUCUGUAUGCUGCAUUCACACUAAAACUAAAACUAACUGUGCUGCAAUAAGUCUCUAUAUAGCCACUUUCAAUAUUGCUGUAAUAUGCUGAGUCUUCUGGAGGGGAAAUGUGUUCUGCAGUCAUUACUCAAGAUAAUACAUUCGUCAGCGUUGUUGAUUUCAGUUAAUUAUCUGAUGCUCUCUUACUGAAAAUCAAGACAAUGGAGAGAAAAAAUAAAGUAUUUAAUUUAAUUUUAGUUGUAAUACUUUAACAGCAACAUGUACCUUUCCUUGUUUCUCCCUCAUGAUGUAGUGCUCGAUGUUUUCCCAUCCUACUCAUCUCUGUUUUGAUCCCUGGCAUGGCGACACGUCUGGAGAUGGUAGAUGAAAUCCAGAAGUGAUAUCAGUUUUUAGUUAAUGACACAGUAUUUGUUCAUUAAUUAGAUGUGAGUCUGUUUACAGUGUGUGUAAGAAAGGUGAGCGUCUAUUCUUUUUAUGAUUAACAUUGUCUGCAAAAGAGUUACGACUGUGUUAUAAUAAAACUAAUAAAGCUAUAUUUUAACAGUG